AUGUAUAUCAAGCAGCUUUUGGCUCUGUCCAUGGCGACCAGCGUGCUGGCCACGCCCGCCUUCCGUCCCUCGCGCCUCACCAAACUCAACAGGCGCGCCGACUCCUUCCCCCUCCCUGCAUCCCAGGGGAGCGAGACCUUUGACGAGCCCUACGUCAUCUCCGGCAACCAGACCUACGAUGGUGGCAUGAAGACCUUCGGCCGCGGCGUUAGCUGCUCCGAGGGUGAGGGUGGCGACUCUGACGCUGUCUUCUCUGUUGAGGAUGGUGGUACCCUGAAGAACGCCAUCAUUGGCGCUGACCAGAUCGAGGGUGUUCACUGCCAGGGCUCCUGCACCAUCGAGAACGUCUGGUGGGAGGCUGUCUGCGAGGACGCUCUCUCCCUCAAGACUGGUGACGGUCCCUUCACUGUUACCGGCGGUGGUGCCCAGGGUGCCGAGGACAAGGUCAUCCAGCACAACGGUGGCGGCACUGUCAGCAUCUCCGGCUUCACCGUGUAUGACUUCGGCAAGCUGUACCGCUCCUGCGGAAACUGCGACGAGAUGUACGAGCGUCACGUCACCAUCGAGGGCGUCACCGCUGUUGGCGGAACCAGCACUCUUGUCGGAAUCAACAGCAACAUGGGUGACACUGCGACCAUCAAGAGCGACACCUGCGUUUCCGACACCGAGACUAUCUGCACCGAGUACGAGGGUGUUACCGAUGGCUCUGAGCCCGAGGAGAUCAGCACCGGUGCUAGCGAUGCUUGCCAGUACUCUGACCCUCUCCCCGCUUGCUAG